AUGGUACUUUUUCAAAAUAGAAAAAUAUUUGGAAGUUUUAAAUAUACUCAUUUAAUAAAAAAUUAUUGCACACCCUUUCCAAUAUAUAACAUAAAUUAUAAAUUGAACAAGGUUAUUAACCAGUUCCAUACGAACAGUAAAAUAAAUAUAUGUCAAUAUAAAAAUAAUAGUAAUCAUUGGAUAUUUUUAAAAUGCAAUAAUCUUUUUAAAAGAUUUUAUAAUCCUAGAGCGAAUAUUAAUUGGACACUUAUUCGUUUUAGACAUAGAGUAUCGCAAUUAAGAAAAAAAAAAUUAAAAUAUAAAAAUCAUUCUAAAGUUGCUUUGCGUUUUCGUUUAACAAAGUUUGGAUGGGAAAGAUUGCAAUCUGGAAGAAAUGCUAGUAAGAAAAAUUUAUCAACCAAAAAAUAUUAUGAAAAAAUGAAAAUAAAGUAUGUUUCAAGAGAUGAUGUUAAAAAAUUCAAAUUUCAAAUGCCCAGUUAUGUAUUACGAAUAAGAGAUUCACCGGUUGACUAUAAUCCUAAUAUAAUGAGGGCUCGGAAAUUUUUACCUACACAUUUUGGUUAA